UUGGUGGGCCUUGAUAAGAUAUAGAACAAUGGAAGAGAAUACAUGAAAUCUGUUGUUAAGACAAUUUUGUUCAUUCACAGAAGCCACACACAUUUGAUGUCCUUUGUUUCCCCUGUAUUCACAUAGGGUGUCGAGGGACUCGUAAAGAACACAAUUGCUACAGAGAUCUUAAACAACAGAAGCAAGUCAUACAGAGGAAACAAUAGACCUGAGGCAAACAAUGGGUCUGUCGAUCUCAUACCCACCGGAUGACUACUCGCCAGCAGAUGAUGACAACUCGGACAGGCUAUUCGUCCGGUCCUUAAGCUUAGACAACCUCGGCAACCUUGAGACCCCUGGUUCGCCACCGGAAAUGUCCGAUGCCGUGAGCUCUGGGAAACCUGCGAGAAAAGGGUCCUUAAAUGCCAGGAGAAAAGAGGGUCCUCCAUUACAUGUAGAUACUACAAAACCCAGGGUGAGUCCUAAACCUGACAAGGAAUGUAGUAACCAUAAGCACAGCCACAGCCUUCUGAAAUAUGGGGCAGAUUACCUGCCACCAAAUUCCCCGGUUGUCGGGAUGGUCAGCCCGCAACACCAGGCCGCAGCAGUAAGGGUGCAGAAGGUAUACAAGAGCUUCAGAACAAGACGGCAGCUUGCUGACUGCGCUGUUCUUGUCGAACAACGGUGGUGGAAGCUGCUCGAUUUCGCACUGCUCAAGCAAAGUUCGGUGUCAUUCUUCGAGGUAGAGAAGCCGGAGACUGCCCUAACAAGAUGGUCACGGGCCAGAAUAAAGGCUGCCAAGGUAGGCAAAGGUUUGUCCAAGGAUGAAAAGGCCCAGAAGCUCGCACUUCAGCAUUGGCUAGAAGCAAUUGACCCCCGGCAUCGAUACGGUCACAACCUCCACUACUAUUACAAAAGCUGGCUUCACUGCGACAGUCAACAACCUUUCUUCUACUGGUUGGAUGUAGGUGAAGGAAAAGAGAUUAAUCUUGAGGACCACUGCCCAAGAUGGAAGCUGCUGCAGCAAUGCAUCAGGUAUCUUGGCCCUAAAGAGAGGGAGGUCUAUGAGGUAAAAAUCGAGAAUAAGAUGAUGAUGUACAAGCUGAGCCGCAAGAUUGUCGACACGUCCGAGGGUCCCAAGGAUGCAAAAUGGAUCUUUGUGUUGAGCACGACGAAAAUUCUGUACAUAGGCACGAAGAGCAAGGGCACAUUUCAGCACUCCAGCUUCCUUGCCGGUGGAGCCACAUCUGCUGCCGGGAGAUUAGUCGUCGCGAACGGAAUCCUAAAGGCUGUCUGGCCUCAUAGCGGGCACUACCGGCCCACAGAGGCGAACUUCCGGGAGUUCGUGAAGUAUCUCAGGAAGAGGAACGUCGAUCUCACCGAUGUGAAGUUGAGCCCAACAGAAGGCGAGGAGGACGAAUGGCUGAGGAGCAGCCUCUCCCAGAUGGAUCUAACAACGGAGAUCAGCACGCCGCGGAAGCAAGGAGACACCAGGGCCCAACCCCCUCGCGGUGACAAAAUCAAGAUCAAAACAGCCGUGCCGGCGGCGCCACCUUCCACCAGCGGCGAGGCAGGCGCCGGCUCGCCGGGGAUGAAGCGGUCCUCAUCGGGCACCCGGCUGCAGCGCAAGCGGCCGCCGAGGCUGACGGUGAGCAAGAAUCGUCUGGACAAGGGCGCGGCGGAGCAGGACGCCGGCUCGUUCGGCGACCGGCUGGACUUCUGCAAGGCGAACCUGUUCACGGGGCGCGCCGCGGAGGGCGGGGAGGGGGGCGAGGAGCCGGCGGUGCCGCAGGAGAGGAUCAUGCACCGGAUCAACUCCAAGAUGGCGCACAAGUCGUACCAGCUUGGGCAGCAGCUGUCGCUCCGGUGGACGACCGGCGCCGGCCCGCGGAUCGGGUGCGUGCGCGACUACCCGCCGGAGCUGCAGUUCCGGUCGCUGGAGCAGGUCAGCCUGUCCCCGCGCGCCGGCGCCGGCCCGCCCAGGCUCGGGGCGACCGCGCGGCAGAAGAGCCCGUGCACGCCGUCGCCCCUCGGCGCGCCCGUGACUCCCGCGGCGCCGCUGCUUCAGCACGGCGCGGCGUAGAGGAGAGCUGACUGGUUUGCCGCUCGUGGCCGCCUGCCACCUCGUGUGUUGUUUGAGAAUGGCAUUGCGCCCUCGUAGGUUUUGUACAGGAGGGACGAACACAAAUGAUAGUCCUCGUUUGCGAGACACCACCGGAUAACAUUAUACAG